AUGAACAACGAAGGGGAUUCACGUGAUCUUAAUGAGGCCCUGAUCGAAUGUCUGACUAGACGGAAAUGCCGACCUAUCAUCAGCUUUUUAAGCGAGAGGCAUAGAGACCCACCGAGGAGGAACAUCGUAAGUGAGGAAGAUGGGGUGAAUCCCUACGUGGGGCACAUCAAGCAGCGGCGCGGUGCACAGUUCCCCAAUGAGUCCACUAAGGCUGUUCUAGAGCGGACAAAAGUUUUCAUCAAGAACUCUGAAAAUAUGGAAAGUUACCCGCCCAGGAGUGAAAAACUUCACCAGCCCGUGCUCCUGCCCAAGACCAAAUGCCAGGCCGAGUCCCAGCCUAAGCUCGAGCCUAUGACCCUGAUAAGCCCAAGAAAGAGCCUCAGCCUAAGAAAGAGCCCAAACCCAAGAGAGUCCCAGCAAGAGCCUAAGAGAAAAGCCCAGGCCAAGAAAGAGCCCAGAGAACUCCAAAAUCAAGCAAAGAGCCCAAGAAAAGCCCAGGCCUACAGAAAGAGAGGGAGAACCCAAAAUCAAAGCCCAGACCUAAGAAAAGAGAAGAGAGAACCCCCAGCCAGAGGGGACGAAAUCAAGCAAGAGCCUGGCAAGAAAGAGCCCAGGCCUAAGAAAGAGCCGGGGCCCAAGGAGAAGCAAGAGCCCAAGCCAAAGAAAGCCCGGAGCCUGAAAGAGGAGAGACCCCAAAAAGUCAAAGAGCCUAAGCCCAAGAGCCCAAGGCCUAAGAAAGAGCCCCCAGAAUGA